GGCUACACCAGUGGUAGCGGUGACAACCCUCCUGCUUUUUGGGUCGUGGUAUAUUCUGUGUUUUCAGGGAAGUUCGCGAACUUGUCGAAGACAUGUUGGGCGCACAAGCACUAGCAAAGGAGAGCAAUCUGAGCGAGCGUCAUCAAAGGGCGGUGGGAAGCGGGCAUGUCCUCGUGUGGGGCAGAGUGUGGGGCCAGGGUCAGGGUGUGGGAUGGGAGGCAGGGGAGGUAGAAGGGGCAAGGGAGCCUAUAGGUUGAGAAUCGGGUCAUGGAACAUAGGUUCGCUGACGAGUAAGUCCAUAGAGUUGGCAAAGAUCCUCCAGAAGAGGAAGAUUAAUAUAGCGUUUGUCCAGGAGACUAGGUGGGUUGGAUCGAGGGCGAGAAACGCGGAUGGGUAUAAGUUGUGUUACUCUGGAGUCCACAGGGGUAAGAAUGGAGUGGGUAUCCUGGUUGAUAGCCAUCUUAGAGAGUCGGUGGUUGAGGUCAGGAGGGUGAAUGAUAGACUAAUGACUAUUAAAUUGGUGGUGGGUGAGUGUACUUUAAAUGUCGUUAGCGCGUACGCGCCACAAGUUGGCUUGGAUGAGGAGAUUAAAAGGCGCUUUUGGGAGGGGUUGGAUGACAUCGUUCGUAGCAUUCCACCUUCCGAGAGGUUAUUUAUAGGAGGAGAUUUCAAUGGUCAUAUUGGGUCAUCCGCAGGUGGUUAUACUGAGGUGCAUGGCAGCUUUGGUUUUGGGGAACGGAACGGAGGGGGCACUUUGCUGUUGGACUUUGCCAAGGCAUUCGAUCUAGUGAUUGCAAACUCAAGUUUUCCGAAGUGGGAGGAGCAUUUG